GCUGACUUUCGGUUAUCUGAGAUUCGGGCGCUCCGGCGCUUGAGCGCCGUGGAAAGGGUCGAUGCUUCUGUGCACAUGGAACCUGGGCUGCAAAGAUGCGGAAGCGCCCAAAGCAGGCGCUUUCAAGUGGCUGGGCGAUCUCUGCCAGCGCCUGAAGCCCGAAAUCCUGGCACUGGGAUUGCAGGAGCUGAAUCCCAGAUUGCUGCCGGAGGUGGAGCAGACAGUGGUCCAGGUGCUGAACGCGGCGGUUCCGGGGGCUGAAUUCCAGGUAACAUCGGAGCACUGUGGCUCUUACCUGCCACUGCUGCUGCUGUCCCCUGUCAAGGUGACGGCAGAGGCGGCAGCCUUACGCUUCACUUUUGACAAGCACGAGGUCUGCAGCAAGGGAUGUGUAGCCCUGCAGUUCGAGCAGAAGCUGCCGAUUUGUGUGGCCAACGCGCACUUGGAGGCGGGGCAUGGGAAGCUGGAGGCGCGGAAUGAGAUGUUUGCUCAGAUCGCGGAGCGCUUCCCGGCCCGGGACGGGCAUCUGCUGGUGGUGCUGGGGGACUUGAAUUACCGGCUCCAGGGCCUUCAGAGCUUUACGGAGCCCACGAAGAAGACGCCUUUGGCCUCACGGUGCCCCAAGUUCCUGGCGGAGUUCGAGGAUGCGGUGGCCAAGUGCUACUCAGGGGAGGUGGUGCAGUUGCUGGAGACGUGCCAGCUGCAUGGCCCUCGAAGAUCCUACGGCUUUGAGGAAGCCCCCGUGCGAUUCCACCCCACGUACAAGCGAGCGAAGGCGGACUCCACCGAAGGCGUUCCGCGCUACGACCUGGAGGAGCCCCGCAUGCCGGGCUGGUGUGACCGGAUCCUGUGGCGCUGCGGCCAGAAGGUUGAGGUCGAGGUUUCGGAGUACUCGGCGGUGGAGUCCGCCGAUUUCUCGGACCAUCGCCCGGUCUAUGCCGUGCUGGAUGUGCGCUGACGCGCAAAGCUCGCGGAGUUGCUGCCGGC